AUGGAGGGGAGGAGAUGGGAGGAGAUGGAGGAGGACUGCCUCGUCAACAUCUUCCGGCGGCUGAGCCUGGUGGACUUGACGGUGGCCGCGCCAUCGGUGUGCCGGUCGUGGCGCAAAGCCUCCCUCGACCCCCUCUGCUGGAGAGUGCUCGAUUUCCGGGGCAUGGACUUCAUGCCAUGGAGCGAUCUCUGCAAGAGCCUGGCGGCGCGGCUAUCCGUACGCCGUCCGUCCUUCACGGGGCUGCUCAAGCUCGCCGCCACCCGCAGCAAAGGCACCGCGCGCGAGCUCCGCUUCCCUCGCGUCUUCGGUGCCUCCCUUCGAGAUCUGGUCUACGCUUCCGACGCAUGCCCGAGGUUGAAGGUGGUUGUUCUUCCGAGGCUGCUGUCGGCGGAGGAGACGCACAUCCCGGAGAUCGUGGGGAAGUGGAAGGAACUCGAGAGACUGGAAAUGGAGUCGAAGCCAUCUUCCUUCUUGGAACUGGUAAAGCAGAUCAGCCUCAACUGCAAGCGAUUCUCCGGGCUUGCAAUGUCCGGGUCUAUCAAGAUCGAGGACGUAUCUGCAAUCGUCGAUUACCUUCCAAGGAUCAAGAGUCUGUGCCUCCACGACUCGUAUUUGCCCAAGGAAAAGUUGCUGGCGAUUCUGAGCGGCAGCAGAGAGCUGGAGAAGCUGAGCGUGACCGACUGCAUCGGCUUCGAAGCAGAUGAAGAGAUACUGCACAAGGCUUCAGGACUCGAAGCUUUCGAGUACGAGGGAUCAAAGUUAGCUGAUGACUUGGGUUAUGAGACGGAUGAGUGUGAUCCACUCUAUGUUCAUGUUGUAUAGUCCGAUCCAAGUCGUCUCUGUCACUGCUGUUGCUUUGGUUUCUUGCAAUUCCUUGCACGACAUGCAGUGCGAAACAUGAGAAGCCCCUGUUGUUGGAGAGAACCAACCUACCUGCCUACCAUAAGGAAGGGAAGGGUGCAGUGAUGUAACGAUUGAUAGACCUGAUUCCGUGCAUGUUUAGACUGA